AUGCAGUCGGAGGCGCCGGUGGUCGUCCCGUGGCUGGCGGCCCUGGGACCAGGCGGGACCCCUGGGCCCGGAUCCGGCCCCCCCGGUGCCGGCCAUGGCUGCGCUGCUGCUGGCUGCCCUCCUCGCCCUCGUCUGGCCCCCACCGGUGCAGCCGGCUGGGGUGCUGGAGCUGCGGGUGCUGUCGGCACGGGGGGGGGCCAUGUGGGGGUCCCCCCUCCUGUCGCCUUGUCUUCCGUCUCUGCCUGCGGCCCCCUGGAGGGGUCAGCUGCAGCCUGGGGGUUAUCCACAGCUCCCCCGGGGCCCCCCCACAUCCUCCGCCUGCCUUUCACCUUCCCCUGGCAGGGCACUGUCUCCCUCAUCAUCAAGUCGUGGUGGCUGGAGGAGGCUAAAGGCUCUGGAGGGCCCCAGGGCCGGCUCUUGGGGCGUGCGGUGGCCCGGCAGCACCUCUCCCCGGGGGGUCCCUGGCGGGGGGGGACGGGGGGGGGCCUGCACUUUGGCACCUGCCUGCGCUGCCGCCCCCCUGCCCGUGGCCCCCGUUGUGUUCCCCGCUGUGCCCCCUGCACCCGC